ACUUAAUACUCAAUUGCAUUACAUUACAUACAUCAUAUUGAGCGAGCGAGCAAGUAAGCGAGCAAGCCAUAGAUAGGUAAGUAGGUAGGUAGGUAGGUAGGUACCUCUCGAACUUAGACAUGAUAGACCCCUUCCCCUUCACCCUCGCUAUCUUUCCUCGCCACACACACACACACACACACACACACACACACACACCUCAAUGUUCGAUGUUCAAUAUCCGAUAUCCGAAGCCCGAUUCAACGGACGACACAACACAAGACAACACGACACUGUAUUUAUCAUACACGCACGCUGACAGACCCAGAUCCAGACCCUGCAGCCCACGGCGCAGGCGGCGCAGCACAACACAACGCACAAGCGGAGACAGAACGGGAAAAAAACAACGCAUGCAAGCAAAGCAGGCAGGCAGGAAAGGGAAUAGAUAGCUAACUAACGCAUCAAGCAAAGCAACGGAAUGGAACGGCCCUGAAGGGACAGAGACAGAAAAAGGAAACCUUGAAACCUGCGG